AUGCCAAAUGGUGAUUUGGGUGCUUUUAUUAGUUCUGUUGACAAAAGUUGUGCUCAAGAAAUGUUAGGAGAAUUAGUUGAAGGAGAUCAAGUUCUUGAAUGGAAUGGUGUUUUAUUAAGUGGAAAGACUUAUGAAGAAGUUGAAAGAAUUAUUCAGGCGGGAACGGGAGAAAUUGAAAUGAUUGUUUCUUGUAAAAGUGGGCAAAAAAGGAUUAAUAAUUGUGAUGAUUAUUUAAAUGGAUGUGAGGAGAAGAAGGGAAGUGGGGGAAAAAUAGGGAGAGAUGUUAAGAUUGCUUUUGCUAAUUCUCGACUUAAAAAUAAACAAGAAUUUGAUUCUUCAUGUUGGCAUUCUCCCAAUGAACCCCCACCCGUUCCUGCACACCAAAGCAGCAAUAGCAUUAGUGAUGAAGAGGAGAAUGAAAGGAAAUCUAGUUUACCACAACAAAAUUUGAAUAAUAAAGAAUAUUCGAUUAAUGAUUUAAAAGAAUAUCCAUUUAAUACUAAUGGAAAAAGUGCCAGAUUAAAUGGUUCUCACGGUUAUUUACAAUUAGCACUUGCAUAUACUCCCCAAGAAGAAUUACUUCAAGUUUAUGUUUUGGCAGCUAGAGCUUUGCCGUGUAGAGAGGGAGGAAUACCCCCAAAUGCUUAUGUAAAAAUAUAUUUACUUCCAGGAAGAAAAGUUUCAAAUAAACGCCGAACAAAAUAUCAACCAAAAAAUUCAAAUCCAAUUUGGGAUCAAUUAUUAGAAUAUUCAAUUAGUGUAGACAGACUUGCUAGUCAUUUCUUAGAAUUUACUGUUUAUAAUUAUGAUAGGGAUAGAAGAAGCGAAAAUCAGCCUUUAGGUCAAUGUUUGGUUAGUCUUGGAGAUACUUCAAUUGUUUUUAGCGGAACUCCCCGCUGGUUUGCACUUCAACCCCCUUCAUUUUCUUAUUCUUCGAUAGAAAUGACAGAUUUUGAUUUAAAUCACCAACAAUAUGAGAGAUUUUUAGAUUAUAAUCCAAGUAGUUAUUUAUUAAAAUUAAAUAAAUUAAUUUAA